AUGGAGACAGUUGGCGGUGUUGGUCGAUGGGUGCCUACAGAUCCAAACACAACAACCACCGAUGUUUUUGCAACACUCCAUGUUCUGGCAUUCGAGGGGCUCCUGCCGUCAUACUACAACCACAAGAAGUUCUUGUCCUUCGUGCGUCAGCUCAACUUCUACGGCUUCAAGAAGGUCAAGGGAGAUCCUGCCUCACGUAUGAGUUCUGCUUCCUCCGUCCACCCCCCGCCGAGCGCGGUGGCGGCAGACGAGUCGGAUUCGUGGCAGGAGUUCAGGCACCCUGAGUUUCGCCGGGGCCGGAGGGAUCUCCUGGCGGGCAUCAAGCGGCAGAAGGACGGGGGACGCGUAAAGCGUAAACAAGCCGAAUUGGAGAAGCUGGGCACCCUCAGCACCCUCACGACCGACGUGGACAUGAUGAGCGUCGACUUGAGGGCGGCGAACGGCAAGCUCGACGACAUCAUGUUGAUGUUAUCCGGCAUGGCGGGCGGCAACCUGCACUCCUCCAUGAUCCCGCCCGUGCAACGGGGAAACAUGGGCAGAGGUGGUGACGGAAGUUUCGGGUUUGGCAUCGGCGGAAGCUCUAGCGACCAAAACUCGUACAACACAGCAGAAACCGCGGGCGCCGCUGCCGCUGCGUUUGGCGGGGACCGGCAGCAGGUGGUGGGGGCGGGGUCGAGGGAUGGCAGCACCGACCAGGAAGGCCACGACCCUAGUGUGUAUGGAGCACCGCUCGACCAACGUCAUACGCCAUGUCUCCCUGUUGGCCAUCAGCAACAGGGUUGGCAGGGCCAUGGACCUUACCCGCAGCCCCACCAGCCCUCCUUUUCAACAGAGCGAUGCCUGGUGGCCCCCAACCAGGUGAGGUACCAGGCGGCGCAGUCGCAUCCAGCACUACCGUCACUACCUCUUGCAGUAGCGGCGCAUGCUUCACACGUUUCCGCUGCUGAGCCGCGGCGUCAGCAGCUACCCCCCCUAUGCUACCCGCCGAGGGGGGACGGCAACAACCUCGCUUCUUCCGGGCACGAGCAAGUAGGCGGUGUGUACGAGAGCCUGUCCAAUAAGGCAAGCCCCUCGGGAAGUGGAGGCGGGGGCGAUGGCGGCGAUGGCGGCGGCGGCGGCCGGCGUGGGGAUUUUCACUCCGUUUCUUCUUGGGCCAACACCAACCCGCGCGUAAUACAGGGGCAGCAGCAACCUCAACUUGCCUGGUCUUACCGUCUGCAACACCAGCAGAACGGCGGUGCUGCUCAAGUUGUCAGUCCACCUAGGGGAGGUUACGAUGGUGACGUUGGUACGAUGGGCCGACUGGAACAGGCGUUGUCGCAUGGAGCGAUGUCCGGACUCCGUGUGCUAUCGCACUCCGCAGCAAGCAUCUCCCAGACAGACAAGGAACAGCAAGAGAACUUCAACGCAGGCAGCACAAGCAGCAGCAUGAGCAGCAUGGGCAGCACAUAA